AUGUUGGUCGUCGUCGUCUCUCGUCACAGCCUCGCAGCGUCGCACUCAUACUCGCCAAUCGUCACCUCCAAGAUAUUUGGAAUUCAACGAUUGAAGUUCAAACUUGGCUUGAAUAUGUCAACAACGGAUGACUAUAUUGAAGUAGAAGAUGAGACGAUUGAAGUUGACAACCCAACCAAUGAUCAAUGCGAAUCAGGUGUUUAUGGGACCAAAAAUCUAGGAUAUCAUUUAGCUAGAUGUAAAGUUUACUUGGCUAAACUUAAUGGUGGACAAAAACAACUAGCUUUCCAACAUGGUGAUGAAAACAAAUUGUCAGCUUGGAAAUUUGAUCAAAAUGAGAGUCGGAAAGCUCUAGCUCACAUGUUGGUAGUUGACGAACUUCCUUUUAGCUUUGUAGAAGGUGCGGGCUUUAGGUAUUACAAUAGUGUUAAUCGACCAUUGUUUAAAGUUCCAUGUAGAAGUACAAGCACAACGGAUGUCUACCAAUUAAUAUAUUUGACCACCGAUACGUGGACUUCUAAACAACAAUCAUGUUAUAUGUGUCUCACCGCCCACUUUAUUGAUAAUGAAUGGAAAUUGAAAAAAAAAGUGUUGUGUUUUUCCUCUCAAGAGAGUCACCGUGGGGUUGAUAUUGGGAAAAUGUUUGAGAAAUGUUUAAUGGAGUGGGAAAUAGAAAACAUUUUCACAAUUUUUGUUGACAAUGCAAUGGUGCAAGAUGGCAUAAAAAAAGUUGAUAAGGUGGUUGAAAUAGUUCGAUGGGCGGUUAAAUGGAUUAGGCAAUCACCUUCUAGAAUUCAUAAGUUUAUUGAGUUUGCUAAGGUUGCUAAUCCCGGUAUAACAAAACAUUUAAAGAGAGAUGUGCCAACAAGAUGGAACUCCACUUACCAUAUGUUGGAAAUUGCCCAAGCUUACGAAAAAACUUUUGAGAGAUAUGAUCUUGAGGAAUUUGAUUUUCGAUACAAAAUUGAAAAGGCGGGUUUGUCAAUACCUUCAUCAAGCGAUUGGGAAAGGGUUAGGAAUGAUUUCCGGGACAUUUAUGUGACAUCAAACACAUGCAUUGAAGAUAUAUAUUCUAUUCGUACGCUCUUGGAUGAUGCUAUUUCCGAUUCUAGUCUUUGUGAUAUUGCAUUGGCCAUGAAAUUGAAGUUUGAUAAGUAUUUUGGCGACAUAGAAAAAUGA